AUGCAGGAUGUGCUCAAAAAUGUAUAUAGCAAAACAUGCGGCACUGUGUCACGUCCCAAGUGCCCGGUGGGAGCUGCUGCGGCAGCCCCACCUCCAGAGUCAACAGACUCAGAGACUGACGGAGUACCAAGUAACAGGCCUAUACCCGAAUCGGUAGGCGUGGCCUGCCCCGAUUGCGGCGAAAGGGUACUCCGGCCGCGGUGCACUAACACAGCACCAGCGGCACCCGGCAUCCCACUCACCCGAAACGAAGCUAGGGCAGCGGAAAGAGGGAUCACAGCGAGCGCUAGUACUGAUGAUGACAGUACAGAACCAGUAUCCACAGACACAGGGGAUGGUAGAGCUACCGUCCCCCAAGAAGAAGCGCCCGAAACCAACAGCUGCGAGGAAGCGGGAGUAGGGGGUGGCUCCCCUAUCCCAGUCCCGGAGCUACUCGACGUAUCAGCAGUAGCUGCCAUUGCAGGGGGUGAAAAUAACGUUAAUAAUAUCACCCCCACCGCCGAAAACAUAAGUCCGACUCAGACGCCUGACAUGUCAGAGAGGGUACUGAAUGUCAGUGAAGAUGAGUUGGUAUCGCCAGCAGCUUCUCCAGAAGAGAUACUUUUGAGACAGGAUGUUGCUCAGACUGCCCGUAGCUGCAAGUUGACUCGAGCGGCACAGCAACAUCUGGAGGUGAACACGGUCACCCAGCUGCUUAGAAAUGCAAUCUCCGAGGCUUGCGAUUUGCCUAUGGGGCAGCCCCAAUCGCAAAUAGAUACUUUACAUGAUAGAGUCACCGCUCUCUUCGUCAGCGAGGAGCGGGGAGUUGCAGGCGACGAAAGGGAAGGCGUAGAGGACAAAAUAAGAGGGGUAACAGACGGUACCCUCUACGCCCGUACCCAGGAUAUUUACAAAAAAGAGCCAGGCAUUCUUGCCAAGCACGUCCUUAACAACGUGGACUGGCUGGAGGAACCAGGGGUAAAAAAGCUCCAGCCCAAGACGUGCGGGACCUGUACAAAAAGCUUUGGGGCACAAAUCCGUCGGAAGUACAGGUGCCCUUCCUGGGAGAGCCUCCGAACCGGCACUUGGGUUAGGUACUGUGCUAACCGCCGUGACGGCGAAAGAGGUGAAUACGCGUCUCUCUCGGAUGAAAAUGUCCACAGCACACCGGGUCCCGAUGGUAUUAAAAAGGGAGACAUUAACGCGUUCCUGGUGCAAACGAAGUCCUCCAGUUAUUUUCAAUUUAAUCAUGAUAAGCGCAAACUUAGGGCAAAAGCACGGUUCUCACCCAGACAAAAGGGCUUCAUGAACGAAUCUGGGUGCUUCAACAACAUCCACAUCCUCAAUGAGCUGCUGAGGCACUCAAAAGCCAAGAAUGGCCUGGUCGUAACGCAGCUGGACGUGUCCAAAGCAUUUGAUACCGUGCCGCACCAAGCUAUAGGACACGCGUUACGUCGCAAAAGGUUUUCCCGAACAGGUGGCCUCGAACUCGACAGUGGAGAAGUGAUACCGGUAGCGGGGGCCGGCGAUCACCUUGUCUACCUUGGAUGCAAGUUGUCUCCCUGGGUUGGGGUCACAACCGAGGGCAUACGAGCCGACCUUGCUUCAACUCUUAGUCGUGUGCAACGACUGAAGUUGAAACCGCAUCAAAAGGUAGACUUAAUCUCUACUUACAUUGUUCCUCAUUACCUGUAUCAGUUGUCCAUAGCGAUGCCGGCUAUGACACAGAUAAAACUGAUGGACCAGGAGCUACGGGUAGUGGUGAAGAAUAUUCUUCACCUGCCGCAGGCAACAACGAACGCCUUACUAUACUGCGGUAAGAGGGACGGGGGACUUGCGAUCCCGAGGUUGGAGUGGCUCGCCACCUCAUCAGCCCUAAAAGCCGGCUUAAAGUUCGUGGACAACCCCGACCCGGCAAUGCAAGCUCUUGCCACGGGCACUAAGCUCGAGAGUAGAGUGAGGCGACUCGCUCUCGAUGCCCGGAUAGCUUGGCCAGUUACUGGGGAGCAACUGGCCAGCUAUACUAGAACGCAAAAGAAGGCUGAGCUUGCCAGAUGGAAGCGCCUUGGUUCUCAAGGAAAGUCGGCAGCGGCCUUCGCCGACUCCAAGAUCGGAAACGCAUGGCUUAGGGACCCCUCGUUGCUCAAGCCAUGUCUAGGUGCGAGUCGUAAGACGCCUUCCAAGAAAAGGCUAGUCACGGCGGCGGGGUGUGAUCUGGAUUGA